AUGGAUCUCACGCAAUGCAGCAAUGUUGCAGGAGCGCAAAAAGCUGAUCUUAUAAUCUCAGCUUGUGAUCGUACUUUGUACAAGGAUCUGUGCACAAAAACCCUUCAAUCUGACUCGGAGAGCCGUGGGGCUACUGAUAUUGGCGUGCUAGCCAAAGUUGCACUGCAGCAGACGUCAUCCCUGGCUAAGCAAAUUCAGGGCCAGCUCUCCAAACAGAAAGAUAAAUCCGCUGCCUUUAAAGAUUGCAAUGAGAACUACCAAGAUGCAAGUGAGCGACUCCAGGACUCCCUCACGUCCUUGAAGUCUAAAAAGUAUAGUGAUGUAUUAACAUGGGUGUCUGCUGCAAUGAGCGAUUCUGAUUCAUGUGAGAAUGGUUUGAAGGAAAUGGGCAAAGCCUCUCCCAUACUUAGUUUGAGUGCGACAUUCAGCCAGCUCUGCAGCAUUGUCUUGGCGAUUACCAAUAAACUGGCGGGUCACUAAUGUUUUAGCUGCUCUCAUUAUUAUAUAAUAUCAAUCUCUAUUGAGAGACUGAUCAUUAUCUCAUUAAACUGGCUAAGCUUUGCCCAAUAAAAAUUCUUGGUCUGUGAAACUUUAUAGUAUC